UCCAAGCUCGGCCAUCUCCCGAGUCCCCGCUUCCUCCGGGCCAGCCAGCUGCGGCAGGCCUGUUGCAAACCAGCAGUCAUCAGGAAAUUCCCUGGAUAUUGUAACUCGUGACUGCAAUCUCUAAUUAAUCAUCAACACUGUAAUAUGAUCCUGGCCCCAUGACAAGGGGACCUGCUGAAUAUCUUUGGGAAACCUGUCCACUGGCCUUCUUCAGACCCAGGGACCCAUGCCUGAGGAGCCCAGGCGGAUGGGGGCCCAGAUCUGCUCUCAGGCUGAUGCCGAGGCUCCCCGAGAGGCGCUCCGCUUCCACGCCCAGGCGGUGGGCGCACAGGUGCGCCUGGAUGCUCAGCGGAGCACCGCGUUCAGGCACGCCACGUUCCACGACGGCAUCGUGUUCAGCCAGCGGCCGGUGCAGCCGGGAGAGCGCGUGGCGCUGCGCAUGCUGUGGCACGAGCCCGGCUGGCUGGGUGGCCUCCGCGUGGGCUUCACGCGCCUGGACCCCGCGCGGGUGUCCGCGCCCAGCCUGCCGCCCUUCGUGUGCCCGGACCUGGAGCAGCAGAGUCAGACCUGGGCGGCCAUGCUUCCUGACGGCUGCGCCCUCCCGGGGGAUGUGGUGCGCUUCUGGGUGAACCACCAGGGCCGGAUCUUCGCCCGGGUCAACUCGGGGCCCCGGCGGCUGCUGCGCGAGGGCGUGCUCAUGGGCGCCCCGCUCUGGGCCGUGAUGGACGUGUACGGGACCACCAAGGCCAUCCAGCUGCUGGAUCUUACAGCCAACGACUUUCCCACAACCAUGCCAAGGGAUCUCAGUGAUGAGGCUCUCCCCGGGCCCAAAGCCUCAGCAGGAGAAGAGUGUGCCAUCUGCUUCCACCAGGUUGCCAACACCUGCCUUGUCCCCUGCGGCCACACACACUUCUGCAGCUCCUGUGCCUGGAGGGUCUUCAGGGACACGGCCAGAUGCCCCGUGUGUCGCUGGGAGAUCGAGGAGGUGGCCCUGACUUGGGAUCCUCUUGUCCUGGGUGCUGGAGAGGGCCUCCUGGUGUAGGUGCAGAGCUCUGAGCCCGGCCCUUGCCGAGGGAGGAGGUGCAGCUCUGAUGUCUUUCUGGAGGAGAGUCGGAAAUGCUGGUCAGCAGCAGGUGUGGCGGAGAGACGGCUCAAGGUCACAAUGGCUCCACCCCUCCUCAGCAGGUUGGGGCCAGAGGAGCCAGGAGACGCCCCUUUCUGCCCACGCCAGAACUACCUCCCUGGCUGGAGAAGGUGGCUAGCAAUGGGCCAGCCAGGGUCUCGCCCCUCCGCUUAGUCCCAGGUUCAUUGCUGCAUGCCAAGGCUUUUAACUAGCCAUGGGGUUCAGCCACCAUGGACCUAGCAACCCCAAGUACACCAAGUCCCAGGACUUCCAAGAACCCACCUGUGUCAGCGAGAAGGGCCUUUGUAUAGAGAGGGGGCGGCCUGACCCCUGGUUUUAUGACUGAGGAAGUCAAGGUAUGUGCGCGUGUCUGGUGAAGCCCUGCCCACCCAGGGUAUUGAGGAGCCUGGACCAGAUGCAGAAAGCAGCUGGGUGGAAUUUUUUUUUUAUUGAAGUGUAGUUGAUGUACAAUAUUGUAUAAGUUACAGAUGUACUGUUUAGUAAUAAUUUUUAAAGGUUAUACUCCAUUUGCCAAUAUAUUGGCUAUAUCCCCCUGUUGCACAAUGUAUCCUUGUAGUUUAUUUUAUAUCUAGUAGUUUGCACCUCUCAACCCCCUACCCCUAAAUUGCCUCUCCCCUGUUCCCUCUCCCCACUAGUAACCCCACAUUUUGGUGUGCUCAUGAGGGGAGGGGAGCUCAGGGCCUUUCUACUCCAUUAUCUUGGCCUCUGUUUACCUGGUAGAAUGUUCACAGUCUGUAGGGAAGCCAGGUCACUUCUACAAGUCCUCUGUAGGACUUUCCUGGUUGUCCAGUGGUUAAGAAUCUGCCUGCCAAUGCAGGGGACACCAGUUUGAUCCCUGGUCUGGGAACUAAGAUCCCACAUGCCUUUGGAUUUCGACUACUGAGCCCGAAGGUCUUAGAACCCAUGAGCCACAACUGCUGAAGCCCGUGCGCCUUGGAGCCUGUGCUCCACCCAAGAGAAGCUACCACAAUGAGAAGCCUCUGCACCGCAACUAGAGAGUAGCCCCAACUCAUGGCAAAUAGAGAAAGCCCGCUCGUGGCAACCAAGAGCCUGUGUGCUGCAACAAAAACCCAGUGCAGCCAUAAAUAAAUAAGUAAACAGAUAAAUAGAAAUUAAUUAAUUAAAAACAAGUCCUCUGUAAAGGGGAUCAGCAGUCAGCUGCCCACCUUCCUUGCCCAGUAGUCAUGAGAUCCCAGCACAUUUGUGCAUCUGAAAUCGAGUUGACCCUUCAGAGCUCACUGUUGUCAUUGUGCUUAUUGCCUUGCAAUUUCUGAGAUAUCAAAAUAAAGUUUGUCUCUCAUGAG